GCGAGCACCACUGCGCAUGCGCGUCCUCGUCAGCUGACGGCUGAAGCUGGUGCGCGUGUGCGUGCGCGCGCGCGGUGCAGAGCGUGGACUCCAUCACCGAGAGGCCGCACGGCUGCAGAACCCUCACGCUCGGUACCGACACAAGAAAACGUGCGUGGAGCGCAAGGACCGGUCCGGUGCGGACCGGCGCUUUCCACGAGGUGCCAUAUUUGUGUCCGUCCGUCCCCCCAAACGACAUGUAGCAGCCCGGCAGCGGGAGAGGGAGGACGCGGGGCGAUGCCGUGAAAAUCGCGACAGCCCACCGAGGAAGAUCACGGACGCGGCGGCGGCGACGGCGGCGGCGACGGCGGUGCGAGACGAGCAUGGACCCGAGCGGGGCGAUCCGAGGAAGGUAGCGGCCGCGGCGGGAGUCCACGGAGACCGCCCGUCGUCGUUUCGGCGCGGACGAUGGAUUUCAACCGCCUCAGGAACAUCAUCAGCAGAUACUGUGCGGGGGAGGAGAACUGGGUCGACAGUCGGACGGUCUACAUCGGCCAUAAACAACCUCCUCCGGGGGCUGAGGCCUACAUCCCUCAGCGUUACCCCGACAACCGCAUCGUCUCCUCAAAGUACACCUUUUGGAACUUCAUCCCCAAGAACCUGUUCGAACAGUUCCGAAGAAUUGCCAACUUCUACUUUUUGGUCAUAUUUCUGGUCCAGCUCAUCAUCGACACCCCCACCAGCCCAGUCACCAGUGGCCUGCCCCUCUUCUUCGUUAUCACGGUGACCGCCAUCAAGCAGGGCUACGAGGAUUGGCUCCGACACAAAGCCGACUGCUCCAUCAACGAGUGUCUGGUGGACGUGGUGCGGCGCGGGAAAGCGGCCAGGACGCAGAGUCGCAAGCUGCGGGUGGGCGACAUCGUGGUGGUGAAGGAGGACGAGACGUUCCCGUGUGACCUGAUCCUGCUCUCGUCCAGCCGACAAGAUGGCACCUGCUUCGUCACCACCACCAGCCUGGACGGGGAGUCCAGUCACAAGACAUAUUACGCCAUACCGGACACUAUGGCCUUUCGGACGGAGCAGGAAGUGGAUUCGCUCCACGCCACCAUCGAAUGUGAACAACCGCAGCCUGACCUCUACAAGUUUGUGGGCCGUAUCAAUAUUUACAAGGAGAAAGAAGAGCCUGUGGCCAGACCGCUCGGCGCUGAGAACUUACUCCUCCGAGGCGCAACACUGAAGAACACGCAGCAUAUUUAUGCCGUUGCCAUCUACACUGGCAUGGAGACCAAGAUGGCGCUCAAUUACCAGUCGAAAACGCAGAAGCGUUCAGCCGUCGAAAAGUCCAUGAAUGCCUUUCUGAUGGUCUAUCUGUGCAUCCUGAUCAGCAAAGCGGUCAUCAACACGGUUCUGAAGUACGCCUGGCAGUGGUCUCCGGACCGCGACGAGCCCUGGUACAACCACCGAGCGGAAAACGAGCGACAGCGACAUGUGGUGAUCCGAGCGUUCACGGACUUCCUGGCCUUCACCGUGUUGUUCAAUUACAUCAUCCCCGUGUCCAUGUACGUGACGGUGGAGAUGCAGAAAUUCCUGGGCUCCUAUUUCAUCACGUGGGACGAGGAGAUGUUCGACGAGGAGCUGGGCGAGGGCGCUCAGGUCAACACCUCGGACCUGAACGAGGAGCUGGGUCAGGUGGAGUACGUUUUCACCGACAAGACGGGCACGCUGACGGAGAACAACAUGGAGUUCAUCGAAUGCUGCGUGGACGGAAACGUUUACGUUCCGCACGCCAUCUGCAACGGUCAAAUCCUCAGCGCCGCCUCCAGCAUCGACAUGAUUGAUUCUUCGCCUGGUGGAUAUCGCAGAGAGCACGAGGACCUGUUUUUCCGGGCCCUGUGUCUGUGUCACACGGUGCAAGUGAAGGAGGAGGAGACGGUGGACGGCAUCAAGAAGGGCAUCCGUCAGGGCCGCCCCACCUCCUUCUACAUCUCCUCCUCCCCGGACGAGGUGGCUUUGGUGGAGGGGAUGAAAAGGCUGGGCUACACCUACCUGAGGCUGAAAGACAACUACAUGGAGAUCCUGAACAAAGACGACGAGAUCGAAAGGUUUGAGCUGCUUCACGUGCUCAACUUCGACUCUGUCAGGAGGAGAAUGAGCGUCAUCGUCAGGCCAAGUUCAGGAGAAUAUUUGCUCUUCUGCAAGGGGGCCGACUCGGCCAUUUUCCCCCUGGUGGUGUCUGGCAAGCUGGAGCAGGUGAAGGCUCGGGUGGAGCAAAACGCCGUGGAGGGCCUGCGGACCCUGUGCGUGGCCUACAAGAAGCUGUCGGAGCGCGAGUACCAGGAGGCGUGUCGGCACCUGACGGACGCCAAGCUGGCCCUGCAGGACAGGGAGCAGAGGCUGGCUCAGGCCUACGACGUCAUCGAAAGGGAUUUGGUGCUCCUGGGCGCCACGGCGGUGGAGGACAGGCUCCAGGAAAAGGCGGCCGACACCAUCGAGUCGCUGCACAAGGCGGGAAUCAAAGUUUGGGUGCUGACCGGGGACAAAAUGGAGACGGCGGCCGCCACCUGCUACGCCAGCAAGCUGUUCCGCCGCAGCACUCAAAUCCUGGAGCUGACCAAGAAGCGCACGGAGGAGCAGAGUCUCCACGACGUCUUGUUCGAGCUGAACAGGACCGUUCUCAGGCAGCGAUCCAUUUCUGGGUUGUCCGUCGACUGCCUGGAUUUCGGUCUGAUCAUCGACGGGGCCACGCUGUCGGCCGUCCUCAAGCCCAAGCAGGACGUCGCCGGCCACGGCAGCUACCGCGAGGUCUUCCUGGACAUCUGCGGCAACUGCAGCGCCGUCUUGUGCUGCCGGAUGGCGCCGCUGCAGAAGGCGCAGAUUGUGAAGCUGAUCAAGGCCUCCAAGGAGCACCCGAUCACCCUCGCCGUCGGCGACGGAGCCAAUGACGUCAGCAUGAUUUUAGAAGCGCACGUGGGCAUCGGGAUAAUGGGCAAAGAGGGCCGCCAGGCCGCCAGAAACAGCGACUACGCCGUCCCCAAAUUCAAAGAUCUGAAGAAAAUGCUGCUGGUCCACGGCCAUUACUACUACAUACGCAUCGCGGAGCUCGUGCAGUAUUUCUUCUACAAGAAUGUAUGCUUCAUCUUCCCGCAGUUUCUGUACCAGUUCUUCUGCGGCUUCUCCCAGCAGCCUCUGUACGACACGGCCUAUUUGACCCUGUACAACAUCAGCUUCACGUCACUGCCCAUCCUCCUCUACAGCCUGGUGGAGAAGCACGUCACCAUGGAGACGCUUAAACGCGAGCCCACCUUGUACAGGGACAUCGCCAAGAAUUCUCUCCUCCGCUGGCCAGUCUUCUUGUACUGGACGUGCCUGGGCGUGUUUGACGCCGUGGUCUUCUUCUUCGGUGCCUACUUCCUCUUCGACAACACCACCUUCACCAGCAAUGGCCAGAUGUUCGGCAACUGGACCUUCGGGACGCUCGUCUUCACUGUGCUGGUGUUCACCGUGACGCUCAAGCUGGCCUUGGAUACGCACUACUGGACUUGGAUCAAUCAUUUUGUCAUCUGGGGCUCGCUCCUCUUCUACGUGAUCUUCUCCCUCCUCUGGGGUGGCAUCAUUUGGCCCUUCCUCAACUACCAGAGGAUGUAUUACGUCUUCAUGCAAAUGCUGUCCAGCGGGCCGGCCUGGCUGAGCAUCAUCCUGCUCAUCACGGUCAGCCUGCUUCCCGACGUCAUCAAGAGGGUCCUGUGCAGGGCGUUGCGGCCCACAGCCACCGAGCGUGCCCAGGACGGCGACGAGUUGGCACGGGACGCCGCGGCCGAGCCGCCCUCCCGCGGCGCCCGCGAGGGCGCGAGCGUCGACCCCUCUCAGCCGCGGCUGGGCGCCGUGGAGACGUUGUCGCUCCGCGUCUCCGACCCCCUGGCCCAAAAACUCUGGGCGCGGCCCCUCGGCCCGCCCGCCCUUCGACUUUCCGGGGCGGGCGUCGCCUUCUACGCUCCGGGGCCAGAAACGUCAGUCUGAAGCCCGACCCGGCCCUCGAGUCUGGAAACUUUUGUGCGGAGCGUGUGGUGUAUCCCGGGGGUGGGAGGGGCAUCUCCGUCUCCAUCUUCAUCUUCAUCUCAAGGGUGAGAAAUCAUCCAGCACACAAGCUCACCGUCUGCACUUCUGGGCUAGUCGCAACCUUUUACAGGUUGCGUCGUACCAAACUCGUCACGCUCAUUCUUUUUGCUUUCCUGUCUUCUCCAACUUCAAAGAACAAUCGAGAAGAGGAGAGUACAGCAUAUCUGUCCUGUGGCAUCUUUAUAAUAUUAUUUUGAGUCAAAAAUAUUGCCUGUUCUCACCUUGUUUAUGUCAAUAGAGUUUGUUACAAAAUAGAAAUAUAAAUAUAUGGUCACAAUGUGGUCUGGCCAACUAAGGGCAGCCCGUCUUCAAGAUCAGCCCUUUAUGUAUGUGCGUGCGUGUGUGCACGUGUGCAUGUGGAUGCGUGCACUGUACGUUUUUGUACAUAUAUGACACACCUUUGCCUUACAGGUAAACCACACAGCAGCAGGCUAGGAGCCAAAGGUGUUAUUUUUUUGUUGUUUUUAAAAAAAAAAAAAAUACAAAGUGGUGUAUUAUACAAAGCCUUACGCGCUAACCGACCCCCCCCCCCCACCUGACACCCACCUCGUCUAUUCUUGUAAAAAUGGGGAAAAAUAAGAGAAAAGGGAUGUGCAGUACGGUCGCCACCCUGCCUUAAUUCAUACAUGCCUGCUUCCAGUAGAUUUAGGACACUUUGUUGUCACGAUUCCAUUAGUUUUUUUUUUUGUUUUUUUUUUUUUUUUGUCCUUGCACGUCUCAACUCUUUGCACGGUGAUUGAUUGAAAUUUUCCCCAAAUAUUUUCUUGAACCGUGUGGUCACUUUGCACGGAGGAGUGUUAGGGCCACGGGUAUUGCUUUUAAAAAAUAA